CCGGCCAUGGGCGGCACGCUGGGCUGCCACCGCUCCAUCCCCAGAGACCCCUCGGACCCGCCCCCCGGCCGCAAGUUGAGCGCCGCCUGCAACUUCAGCACCAUGCUGGUCAACCAGGAGCGGCUCAACAUCAACACGGCCACGGAGGAGGAGCUCAUGACCCUCCCCGGCGUGUCGCGCGCCGUGGCCCGCAGCAUCGUCGAGUACCGGGACUGCAUCGGGGGCUUCAAGAAGGUGGAAGACCUGGCGCUGGUCAGCGGCGUGGGCGCCACCAAGCUGGAGCAGGUCAAGUUCGAGAUCUGCGUCAACAGCAAGGGCAGCUCCGCCCAGCACUCGCCCAGCUCCGUGCGCAGAGAGCCGCCGCCGGCCGAGCAGCCCGCGCAGCACCACCUGGCCGCCUCCGGGUCGCUCGCCCCGAGGGUCAACAUCAACACGGCCACCCCGGCGCAGCUCGCCAGCGUGCGCGGGAUCAGCGACAGGCUGGCGGCCAGCAUCGUGGACCACCGCCGCGAGCACGGCCCCUUCCGCAGCGUGGAGGACCUGGCCAGGCUGGGGGGCGUCAGCGCCGCCCUCCUGGACAGGGUUCGGCACCAGGUGUCUGCCGAAAGGUCCAGGCCUCCGUCCACCCACACCAACGGCGGCCUGACGUUCACCGCCAGGCCGCACCCCAGCCCCACGUCCCUGAGCCUGCAGAGUGAGGACCUGGACUUGCCCCCCGGUGGCCCCACGCAGAUCAUCUCCACGCGGCCGUCCGUGGAGGCCUUCGGAGGCACCAGGGACGGGCACCCUGUGCUGAGGGCUGCCACCUGGAACCUGCAGGACUGCUCGCUGGAGAAGGCCAACAACCCGGGGGUGCGAGAGGUGGUGUGCAUGACACUUCUGGAAAACAGCAUCAAGCUUCUAGCUGUGCAAGAUCUACUUGACCGAGAGGCCCUGGAAAAGCUGUGUGCUGAGCUGAACCAGCCGAUCCUGCCCCACGUCCGAAGGUGGAAGGGACCCCGGGGCAGCUGGAAGGCCGCGGUUGCCGAGUCACCGUCCUCGAUGCAGCACAAGGGGGGCACGCACUCGUUCUUGGGAUUCCUAUGGGAUGCGGCCGCCGGUGUGCAGCUGAGGGAUGGCCCCUGGCAGGAGAGCUCCCCUGGCAAUGGUCACGGCAAGGCUGAAGGCUGCAGUCCCUACCUGGCCCGCUUUAAGGUGGGAAGCAACGACGUGACCCUGGUGAAUGUUCACCUGCCAGCCCCAGCUCCUGCAGGGCGCGAAAACGCCAGCAGGAACCACAGUGACGGCCACCGCUUGGCUGGCUUCGUGCAGGCCCUGCAGGAAAGCCUGGAAGGAGAAAAAGACGUGAUUGUUCUAGGGGACUUUGGGCAGGGCCCAGACAGCAGUGAGCACGACGUUCUGAGGAAAGAAAAGUUCCAUCCCCUGGUCCCUGCACACACGUUCACCAACAUCAGCACCAAGAACCCGCAAGGCUCCAGGUCCCUGGACAACAUCUGGAUCAGCAAAAACUUGAAGAAGGUUUACACAGGUCACUGGGCGGUGGUGAGAGAAGGACUCACGAAUCCCUGGAUCCCUGACAACUGGUCAUGGGGUGGCGUGGCAUCGGAACACUGCCCGGUGCUGGCUGAGUUUUACAGCGACAAGGACUGGAGCAGGAAGGAGGCGCCACGGAACGGUGGCGGCAUCUCGGUGGAACACAGCGAGGCUCACAGCAGGCCCGAGCGGUGACUGUUUGUGUGCAGCCACUCGGGUGUGGCCCGACCUGUGGCCUGCCGCCUCGGACACCUGCCGAGCUGUCCCUCCAGCCCAGAGCUCAGACGCCAAAGAGACAGUGCC